AUGGCUCUCAGCUUCUUUAGUGGCGGCGGGAGCGCAAGCAACGCCAAGUAUUUCGAUAUCCGUUUGAACGAUGAUUACAUUGUCUUUCGUGGCAACGAACAUGAAUCCGCCAGCGCUCAUCUGAAGGGGACCUUGGUCCUCUGCUUGUCCGAGCCUCUCGCCAUUAAACACUUGCGACUUCACCUCACUGGCAUGUCGCGUGUCUGCUGGCAUCUACCAUCUAGUUCGACCGCUGGCGGCCGCAAAUCCUGGAGAGAGCGCGUCUUCUACGAGAAAACCUGGCAAUUCCGCGACGCUGGCAAAGGCAAAACGGAGAUUCUCGCGGCCGGUAAUUACGAAUACCCCUUCGAUGUCAUUCUCGAGGGCUCCAUGCCUGAGAGUGUUGAGGGUCUGUCCGAGACCUGGGUCAUGUACCGGUUCAAGGCCGAGAUCGGUCGCAAGUACGCCAAAGACAUCGUGGCUCGGAAACCUCUGCGCAUCAUCCGAACACUCGACCCAAGUGCCCUCGAGCUAUCACACGCGAUGUCGGUCGACAAUAUUUGGCCCAACAAGAUCGAAUACUCCAUCAGCACUCCGACCAAGGCCGUUGUUUUCGGCACCUCUAUCCGCGUCGACUUCAAAUUGAUUCCUUUGCUGAAAGGCCUCCGGAUCGGACAAACUACGUCACAACUUAUCGAGAGUCACGAUCUGACCCUCAACCCGGAAGAUUCCGACUCCAUACGCAACACCUACAAAAUUACCCGAACCAUCAUGACAGAUGAGCAUGAAUUGGGAGACGAAAGUUUAGAAAUCAUUGAUGAGGUGGCCGAGGGAUACCAGUUCACACGGUUCCUCGACAUGCCACAAACCCUCACCCGGUGCUUGCAGGAUACAGACACCAAGGGUAUCAAGAUUCGCCACAAGAUGAAAUUCCGCAUUCAACUACAUAACCCCGAUGGGCAUAUUAGCGAGCUGCGCGCGACACUCCCCGUAUCGAUUUAUAUCUCCCCGCACAUCGCCAUUGACGAAAACAACAAUAUCCGCGAUUCCACGCCCCAACAAGCCCGCCGGGCAGCUGAUGAGGUUGUCCAGCAAGCCCCGCCCCUAUAUGGAGAGCAUCAGUUCGAUCAGCUUUACAGCCAAGUGGAUCCAAACGGAUAUCGGACACCAGGACCCGGCAGUGGCGGAGCAGGAACGCCUUUUGGCCCACUCAGUCGCAAUAUCUCUGCUGAAAACCUCGCCUCGAUGAACGCAUUGACGAACACCGAUAUAUCUGCCUCUGCUCUGCACACCCGCCUGACAAAUCUCAACGCAAACAGCCCCUCUCCUAACGAACCUCAUGACUCCCCGACCGAGAACCAUCCCAACUCCCGCCAGCUGAACGUGCAUUUCAGUGAUUAUUUCGGGUCGGCUCCAAACUCCGGCUCGCAUACUCCUGCCAGCCCAGAGCUGUCCCGCCGGCCUUCUGACGACGGUGAUAACGAGGCAAUCUCCUCUGGAAUGGCCACCCCAUUCCACCCACAAUAUGCCGAGGUUGAGACUCUGAGCCGAGUGCCUAGCUACUCAACCGCGGUGCGCGCUGCCGUCGGCCCCUGUGACUCACAGCUACCCGGCUACGAGACGGUCAUGGCCAAUGACAUUCCCACACUUCAGUCACCACAGCAGGCCUACCUUCGGAGUGGCCGUACCAGCGCUCGCCCCAGUGGCUUCUCCACGCCAACAACGCCAUUAGAGGUGAAUCGAUCCAGUUACCUCCAAUCGCUCAACAGCAACGCUGACGACAUGGCCCGCAGACUCCGUUUAGUACAAGAGCGCGCUAGAGCGUGA